UGGCAAAAAAAAUUAUUCCUAUAAUGACUCUUCAUUUCAUUGUUAUAUAUAAAAGGCCAAGCUCACAUAAUCUUUUCAAUUGCACAAACACAAACACUGCAAGAGAAAGACAGCAAUGGCAUCUGUUAAAGUACCAGCAUUGGUUCCUUCACCGGCCGAGGAUGCUGAGCAACUCCGAAAGGCUUUCCAAGGAUGGGGAACGAAUGAGGCAUUGAUCAUAUCGAUAUUGGCACACAGGAAUGCAGCUCAGAGAAAGAUAAUUAGGGAGACCUAUGCUCAGACUUAUGGGGAAGAUCUUCUUAAAGAUCUUGACAAAGAACUCUCUAGUGACUUUGAGCGAACUGUGCUGCUGUGGGUGUUGGAUCCUGCUGAGCGUGAUGCUUUUUUGGCUAAUGAGGCUACAAAAAGGUUGACCUCAAACAACUGGAUUGUCAUGGAAAUAGCUUGUACUAGGUCUUCACAUGACCUCUUUGUGGUAAGGCAGGCUUAUCAUGCUCGUUUUAAGAGAUCCCUUGAAGAAGAUGUUGCAUAUCAUACAUCUGGAGAUUUUCGCAAGCUUUUGGUUCCUCUUGUGACCUCAUUCCGAUACGAGGGGGAUGAGGUGAACAUGACAAUGGCAAAAUCAGAGGCUAAGAUACUUCAUGAGAAGAUCUCGGACAAAGCUUACAAUGAUGAAGAGAUCAUUAGAAUUCUAACUACAAGGAGUAAAUCACAGAUCAAUGCGACACUCAAUCACUACAACAACGCAUUUGGAAAUGCCAUCAAUAAGGAUUUGAAGACUGAUCCUGAAGAUGAGUACCUCAAAUUACUAAGAGCAACAAUUAAGUGCUUGACCUGCCCUGAGAAAUAUUUCGAGAAGGUUUUGCGUCUGGCAAUCAACAAGUUGGGGACAGAUGAAUGGGCUCUUACAAGAGUAGUCACAACUCGAGCUGAGGUUGACAUGCAACGAAUUAAAGAAGAAUACCAUCGGAGGAAUAGCGUUCCUCUGGAACGUGCAAUUGACAGCGACACUUCUGGAGACUAUGAGAAAAUGCUUCUUGCACUGAUUGGACAUGGGGAUGCAUGAGAAUGCCUGCUGGUUUGAGUUAAUAAUCUAUGCUAUUUGCUAUAAGUUCUCUUUUCUUUGGAUGUGUCUCUUGUUAUGUUCCAUAUGAACAUUAUUUAUGUUGAGUGUGACAAGUUGUCUUUGCUUUGGAUGUGCGUUCUUAUGGUUCCCAGCGGGCUCUGUUCACUGUUUGUCAUGCUAAUUCAGAUGAACAUACUGGUUCUGUUUCAUAUAGUGGUGUUUGAGUGUUUUGUA